ACAAUCCUCAAAUAUCUGCGGCAUGUUCAAAGUGUCGCAGGAGAUGCGUUUGAAUACGCAGGCAGCCGCCUCCAGCUCCAGCUCCACCUCCAGUCCAAGUGGGAGUGGCCUGGAGGGCAAUAGUCCCGAGGAUGGCGGUAUUUUUGGACGCUACCAGCGCACGCCCGAUGCGGAUGCCUAUCCCGCGGAACCGCCGCGGGUUUAUGUGGCGCCCGAGCUGACCGAUGCCGGCAAGGUGCAGCUACUGCACUUUCCCAGCGGAGCGCUGAGGGUCAACAGCUCGGUGGGAUUCGUGAUCAAGCGGAACGGGGUCAAGGGUAAUUUCGAGGUGCGCGUCGAGGGACCCAGUGGACAACCCAUCCAGCCUGUCCAGCAGCAGCAGUUGGACCCCGAACGCUUCCAGAUCGAUUGCCACUUGGCUGCCGGAGCGGGACUCUACAAGGUGCACAUCAAGUGCAAUUCCGUGACUUUGCCCCGCUCGCCAUUCAUCAUUGUGGCCAUUGCCGGGAUUGCAGAGUCCAUUGAGGGGAAACCGCAGAACACAUCAGUGCCCAUCCUGGAUUCGGAUGUCAGCAAAGUGCAGAGCCGUGGCUUGGGCCUCACCCACGUCAGUCUGGUGGAGCGCAACGAGUUCACAGUGGACUGCAGCCAGGCGGGGAGCAACAUGCUCCUAGUGGGCGUCCUGGGUCAACGAGGUCCCUGCGAGGAGGUGGUGGUCAAGCACUUGGGCAGGAGCAUCCACAGGAUUACCUACCGGGUGUGUGAUCCCGGCGAUUAUGUCCUGGUAGUUAAGUGGGGCGAACAACACAUACCGGGAUCCCCGUUUAGUCUAAGCGCGGAAUAGGAUAGGAAAUAAAUGUGUGUCUGUAGAAGACAGCUGACCUUGAUUGGGAUCAUCCACCAUCCUCCCCAGGAUGCUGAGUCGCACCUUUGGGCGUUGUGCACGUUAACGAUGAUAGCCGAAACAUUAUGGAUGGGAUGCUACGACCAGGUUCUUUAUUGUUACGCCCGUUGCUAAUGACGUUCGCAUUUGGGAGCUGAUGCUGUCUUCGCCUCACAACCUAAUGAUGAUGACCGGCAAAUAUAUGUAUAUAGGUAUGCCAUAUGUACGAACAAAUAGCCAUCUGAACAUUUGCUGUAGUUUAAAUAAUAAUUCACUUCAAAUAAUGUGA